AUGAGUUUCACGUUGCCACAUGUGGAAACGUCCCCCAAACGCGUCCACGUAUACUUCAACGAUAAAUGCAUAGUAGACACCAGGAAUGCCAAACUCGUCUGGGAGCACCCAAACUACCCGGUCUACUACUUCGUCGCUUCUGACAUCCCGAAGGAAUUCCUUCAAGAGAAGGCAGGGACAAACACUUACGAUGUAGUUGUAGAGGGCCGUCGUGCGGAGGGCGCAGCGACGCAAUUCACACAGGGCGAUCUGAAAGGACUGAUCAAGCUUGCAGCGAGUGCGAUGGACGCGUGGUUCGAAGAAGACAAGCAGUUUACCGGGCACCCCAAGGAUCCGUAUAAGGUGAGGAUUGAUGUACUACCGUCGUCCCGUCAUGUCCGCGUGGAGGUCGAAGGCGUGGAGGUCGCCAACUCCCAACAACCUCGUCUGUUGUUUGAGACGGGGUUGAUCACUCGGUACUACAUACCGAGAAGCGAUUGCCGGAUGGACCUGCUCGAACCGUCCGAACUGACUACGCACUGCCCAUACAAGGGCGAUGCUAACUACUUCAAUGUGCGCCUCCCAAAUGGCAAGUUGGUUGAGAACGUUGUCUGGUACUACGACAGUCCUUAUGCCGAAUGUGCGGACGUCAAGGGCUGCUUGGCGUUCUACGACGAGAAGCUCGACGUGUGGCUUGACGGGGAGAAGCAGCCGAGACCCAAGACUCCUUUCCGCCGGGAUCAGAAAGCCUGA